AUGAGCCGGAACCUGCGCUCCGCGCUCAUUUUUGGCGGCUUUAUCUCCUUGCUCGGCGCUGCCUUCUACCCCAUCUACUUCCGGCCCCUAAUGCUGCCCGAGGAGUACAAGAAAGAACAAGCUGUAAAUCGGGCUGGUAUUGUUCAAGCGGAUGUGCAGCCACCAGGGUUAAAAGUGUGGUCAGAUCCGUUUGGCAGGAAAUGA